GAAUAAAUUGAGAGAAGAGGCAGAGGAAAUGUGGACUUAUAGGUUCCAGGUCCCGAUCGGAACAUAGGCCGUUGGGGAAAAUUGUGGGGAAGGACAAGAGCUCAAGAGAACUUCAAUCCCACGUGUCUGCGCAUAGGUCUGACCGGCGCCGUCGGGGUUAACCUCAAGCGGAGGGAUUCCUCAGCGUGUGCGCAGAACUGCAGAGUCACAGCCUUCCACCGAAAGAACUGUGUCCCUCCGCCGCUCAGGUCCAACACAAAAUAGGGCCUCGUCCUCUUCUUUUUCCCCUUCUCCAACUGGGUCCUUCGGCCCAAGCCCCCUCACGAUUCUUCCGCAGGAGGUUCUCUGGAUCUUUACGCCCGCCGUCAACAUCUCGGGCCGCAGAGCAGCCCGGUUGGCAGGAUCCACCCUCCCGGCCGCGCAGGAGGCGGAGGGGGGAGGCGGAGCUGUGUCUCUGCUGCACUACUUUCCUCUCCGGUUGCAAAUGGCUGCCUUGGUCCCCACUUUCCGCUCAGUUUCCUGACCCCCGGCGCCGGGAGCCGGGGCUGGGCCAUGUACCUUUAGAUCCCCAGUGGUCCUAGCCUGCACGCGAUAGUGGAGUGCAAGCCAGCCUGAUCCGGCCGGAUCGGAGUCGGGGCAGCCCUCGGAGCGAGAGGGGAAGGGAGGCGAGAGCUGGGCCCGGAGCGGCCGGAGAGGAGCGGGCAGAGGCUUCCUACAGCCCGUUCCUUCGUCGCCCGACCCUCCCUUCCCCUGGAGGAGGAGAAGGUGCGGGGCCCGAGGCUGCGGAAGGAGAGAGAGGUUGGGGCGGAGACGGCGGGGCCCGUGCGUGUGUGUCAGUUUCACUCCCGAGGCCCUGCCGGCUUCGCUUCAAUGUAGCUAAGCGAGCACGGCCUCAGGGGGCCCGAGGCGGGGAGAGCUUCUGCGUUCCAUCCGAAGUGUCUCAGCGUUCCAUCCGGGCCAGCCGGGGAAGAGGUUCCGCGUUCCAUCUGGGCUGGCGAAGGGAAGCCUCCCGCGUUCCAUCGAGAGCAUUUCAGCCUUCCUUCCACCAGGAACCGGGCGCUGGGCAUCGCGGGGUGGGGUGGGGGGGCGCCCGGCGGGCCCGGGGCUGGGAGGCGGACCAGCUCUUCGGAGGUGAAGGCUGCUCGCCGAAGAUCAAAGCCACGGGUGCUCCCUUUGUGUCGGCUCUGGAUUCGCCGCCCCGGGGCUUUGCUUAGGAAACCUAAGCGGCUGGGACCGAGAGCAGAGAACUAACUCCCCGCUUGGUGUUUUCAUCCACUUUAAAUUUUUCUUGAAGGGGGGGCCCGCUCCGACCUGGAUUUACCGUUCUUGGCCCCUCUUUGGCCCCCCCCGUGUGGGGGGCGGUUGUGAUCGUCCUGGCGGGUGGAGGUCGGGGAGCGGCCGGAGCUGUGGCCAUGUUCUCGGGUGAAGAUUUCUGGAUCGCCCUGUGAAGAGGUCUCCCCGGGAGGGCACUGCCCAGUCGGAGAGAGGAAUGGACGACCCGAAGCCCUCUGGCGAAGAUAAAGAUUCCGAGCCGGCAGCUGAUGGGCCUGAAGCCUCUGAAGAGUCAGGCCCCACUGAGCCAGAUCCCCCCAACCCAUCUUUGGGGGAUGCCUCUGUUCACAACCCAGGGAGCCCCAAGUCCCAGGACCCUCCCCAGGACUGCAGCAAGGGCCCACUUCGGCGCUGUGCCUUCUGUAACUGCGGGGAAUGGAGUCUCCAUGGACAACGGGAGCUGAGGUGCUUUGAACUUCCGCCAGACUGGCCCCAGGGUCCAGCAGUGCCACCUGGGGGGCCCGGACCUGGAGAGGCAGUGCCACCCAGUGAUGACCUGUCCCAGAUUGGCUUCCCUGAGGGCGUGACACCUGCCCAUCUGGGAAAGCCUGGUGGACCCUGCUGGGCUCACCAUUGGUGUGCAGCAUGGUCAGUGGGCGUGCAGGGCCAGGAUGGGCCGGAACUGCAUGGAGUGGACAAGGCUAUCUUCUCAGGGAUCUCUCAGCGAUGUUCCCAUUGCACCAGGCUGGGAGCCUCCAUCCCCUGCCGAUCGCCUGGAUGCCCACGGCUCUACCACUUCCCCUGUGCCACUGCCAGUGGUUCCUUCCAGUCUAUGAAGACUUUGCAGCUUUUAUGUGUGGAGCAUGGCGAGGAGGCAGGACGUCUGGAGGAUGCCCAUUGUGUGGUGUGUGACGGGCUGGGGGAGCUUCGGGACCUGCUGUUCUGUACCAGCUGUGGGCAACACUAUCACGGGGCCUGCCUGGACACGGCCCUGACUGCACGGAAACGUGCCGGUUGGCAGUGCCCAGAUUGCAAAGUGUGCCAAACCUGCCGGCAGCCUGGGGAGGACUCCAUGAUGCUAGUCUGCGAGGCGUGUGACAAGGGCUACCACACCUUCUGCCUGAAGCCAGCCAUCCAGAGCCUGCCCCCUGAGUCGUGGAAGUGCAAGACAUGCCGGGUGUGCCGAGCCUGUGGGGCGUGCCCAGCAGAGCUGGAUCCCAACUGCCAGUGGUAUGAGAAUUACUCACUGUGUGAGCGGUGCCAGGGGCAGCAGAACACCCAGGGCGGGAGGAUGGGCAGCCCUGAUACCGAGCAGAACCCCCCUGUCUGUAACAAAUAUCCACCACUAGAGCCUGGCAUUGCCCCCAUCGGUACACCGGAUGAUCCUCAUACAGCUUGCCAGGAACAGCUGGAGGGGGAGGAGGAAGCCCGCCCACAGUCUGAGGCACCAGGGCCACUGCAGUGUGAAGCCAAACCACUAGGGCAAGCAGGGACCCCGGUCGAGUCCCUAUCGGAGGUCCCGUCCCCCCCUGAGGUUGCCCCCCUUGACGAGGAGAUGCCACUGGAGCCCCUGCUCUUACCUGAGGAGCCACUGCUGUCCCCUCAGCUACCACCAGAUCCUGCCCCUCCUCCACUCUCUCCUGCCACUGCUGUAGCCCCACCAUCCUUGUCUCCCUUGGGGGAACGAGAGGAGCUCCCUGAUGCCAAAGGGGACAGUGAGCCAGGAACCCCUCCAGAGGUCCCUAUCCUAGACACGCCCAUUAGCCCCCCUCCAGAAGCCAGCUGCUUUGACCCAGAGCCCAUAGCUCCUAUAGACUUGACCCCUUCUCCGGCCUCCCCCGAAGAACUGGGAGAACUGAAUUCUCCCAUCCCUUUAGAGCCCCCUCCUCCACAGUGCUCCCCUCUGCCAUUAGCUCCUUCUCCCCUGGGCUUCUUGGAGAAGGCACCAGAAGUCCUGGAUGAGUCCGAAUCCCAAGAGAUGGAGACAGAGCCGGAGUGCCCAGCUCUGGAGCCCAGUGGGAUCAGCCCCCCCGCCUGCCCCGCAGGGGACCUCUCCUGCCCCGCGCCCAGCCCCGCCCCUAGUCCUGCCCCAGCCCUGGAUGUCUUCUCCAGCCUGGGUGAGGACACAGUCUGUCUCGAUGAGACCGAGGCUGCUGGUCCAGAGCCAGAGACUGGACAGACCUCUGGCAGUUCAGGUAGUGAUCCUAAAGGCUCCCCCUUGCUCCUCGACCCCGAGGAGCUGGCCCCUGCGACCCCUAUGGAGGUCUAUGGUUCUGAUGGCAAGCAGGCUGGGCAGAGCCCACCUUGUGAAGAGCCUGAGGAGCCCGUUGCUCCCCCCGUACACACCCCUCCCACCCUCAUCAAGUCUGACAUUGUUAACGAGAUCUCCAACCUGAGCCAAGGCGACGCCAGCGCCAGCUUCCCCGGCUCCGAGCCUCUGCUCGGCUCCCCAGACCCGGAGGGGGGCGGCUCCCUCUCCAUGGAGCUGGGGGUGUCCACCGACGUCAGCCCUGCCCGGGAUGAGGGUUCCCUUCGGCUCUGCACCGACUCGCUGCCCGAGACCGACGACUCCCUGCUUUGUGAUUCUGGCACGACCGGAGCUGGCGGCAAGGCCGAGGGCGACAAGGGGAGACGACGGAGCUCCCCAGCCCGCUCCCGGAUCAAGCAGGGCCGUAGCAGUAGCUUCCCAGGAAGACGUCGACCUCGGGGGGGUGCCCAUGGAGGAAGGGGGAGAGGACGUGCCCGGCUGAAGUCAACCACUUCCUCUGUGGAGACUCUGGUAGUUGCCGACAUCGAUAGCUCUCCCAGCAAGGAGGAGGAGGAGGAAGACGAUGACACCAUGCAGAAUACCGUGGUUCUUUUCUCCAACACCGACAAAUUUGUCCUGAUGCAGGACAUGUGUGUAGUGUGUGGCAGCUUUGGUCGAGGGGCGGAGGGCCACCUCCUGGCCUGCUCUCAGUGUUCACAGUGCUACCACCCUUACUGCGUCAACAGCAAGAUUACCAAGGUGAUGCUGCUGAAGGGCUGGAGGUGCGUGGAGUGCAUCGUGUGCGAGGUGUGCGGCCAGGCCUCCGACCCCUCUCGGCUCCUGCUCUGCGACGACUGUGACAUCAGCUACCACACCUACUGUCUGGAUCCCCCGCUGCUCACAGUGCCCAAGGGGGGCUGGAAGUGCAAAUGGUGCGUGAGCUGCAUGCAGUGUGGGGCUGUUUCACCAGGCUUCCACUGCGAGUGGCAGAACAGCUACACCCACUGUGGGCCCUGUGCCAGCCUGGUGACUUGUCCGGCGUGUCGGGCGCCUUACGUAGAAGAAGAUUUGCUGAUUCAGUGCCGCCAUUGCGACCGGUGGAUGCAUGCUGGUUGUGAGAGCCUCUUCACCGAGGAAGAGGUGGAACAAGCAGCGGAUGAAGGCUUUGACUGUGUCUCCUGCCAGCCCUACGUGGUGAAGCCUGUGGUGCCCGUGGCGCCCCCAGAGCUCGUGCCUGUGAAGGUGAAAGAGCCAGAGCCCCAGUACUUUCGCUUUGAGGGCGUGUGGUUGACGGAGACCGGCAUGGCUGUCCUUCGAAAUCUGUCCAUGUCCCCCCUUCACAAGCGGCGCCAGAGGCGGGGGCGGCUCGGCCUCCUAGGGGAGGGCGGCCUGGAGGGGCCGGAGCCCUCGGACCCCGGCGGCCCCGACGACAAGAAAGACGGGGACCUGGACGCAGACGAGCUGCUCAAGGGCGAAGGAGUUGGUGUGGAACACAUGGAGUGUGAGAUCAAGCUGGAGGCUCCUGCCAGCCCCGAUGGAGAGCCUGGCAAGGAGGAGACCGACGAGGGCAAGAAACGCAAACGCAAGCCCUAUAGGCCCGGCAUCGGCGGCUUCAUGGUUCGACAGCGCAAAUCUCAUGCCCGGCUGAAGAAAGGGCCCGCCGUGCUGGUGGAAGUGUUGAGUGGGGAGGGCCAGCCCGAUGAGGUGGUGACAGUUGACCCGCCUACGGAGGGUGCCGUGGAGCAGAGCCCAGCCGAAGGGGACGAGAAGAAGAAGCGGCGGGGGCGGAAGAAGAGCAAGCUGGAGGACAUGUUCCCUGCCUACCUGCAGGAAGCCUUCUUUGGGAAGGCUCUGUUGGACCUCAGCCGAAAGGCGCUGCUGGUGGCUGGGGAUGGACGGCCGGGCUUUGCGCCAGGCACCCCCAGGGCUAAAGGGGAUCUGGGCCCCGACAGAAAGGAGUCUUCCACCUCACAGAAAGGGGACGACGGACCCGAUGUCGCCGACGAAGAGUCCAGGGGCCCCGAGGGCAGCGCAGAGACGCCAGGCCCCGAAGAUGGCGGCAUCAAGACCUCUCCUGUCCCCAGUGACCCAGAGAAACCAGGAACCCCAGGCGAGGGAAUGCUUAGCUCUGACUUGGACAAGAUCCCCACUGAAGAGUUGCCCAAGAUGGAAUCAAAGGACCUGCAGCAGCUUUUCAAGGAUGUCCUCGGCUCUGAGCGGGAGCAGCAGAUUGGCUGUGGGACUCCCAACCUGGAUGGGAGUCACACCCCGAUGCAGCAGAGGCCUUUCCUACAAGGUGGGCUUCCUUUGGGCAACCUCCCUACCAGCAGCCCAAUGGACUCCUACCCGGGGCUCUGCCAGUCUCCUUUCCUUGACAGCAGGGAGCGCGGGGGCUUCUUCAGCCCGGAGCCCGGUGAGCCUGACAGCCCCUGGACGGGCUCAGGGGGCACCACGCCCUCCACGCCCACCACCCCUACCACGGAGGGCGAGGGCGACGGGCUCUCCUACAACCAGCGGAGCCUGCAGCGCUGGGAAAAGGAUGAGGAACUGGGCCAGCUCUCGACAAUCUCGCCUGUGCUCUACGCCAAUAUUAACUUUCCCAAUCUUAAGCAGGAUUAUCCAGACUGGGCCAGUCGCUGCAAGCAGAUCAUGAAGCUGUGGAGAAAAGUCCCGGCCACUGACAAAGCGCCCUACCUGCAAAAGGCCAAAGAUAACCGGGCGGCUCACCGCAUCAACAAGGUGCAGAAGCAGGCGGAGAGCCAGAUCAGCAAGCAGACCAAGGUGGGCGACGUAGCCCGCAAAAGCGAUCGGCCCACCCUGCACCUGCGCAUCCCCCCUCAGCCAGGGAUGCUGGGCAGCCCCCCUCCAGCUUCUGCUCCGACUGUCUUCAUCGGCAGUCCCCCCACCCCAGCUGGCUUGUCUACCUCCUCGGACGGGUUCCUGAAGCCGCCAGCGGGCACCGUGCCCGGCCCUGACUCGCCUGGUGAUCUCUUCCUCAAGCUCCCACCCCAGGUGCCCGCCCAAGUGCCUUUGCAGGACCCUUUUGGACUGGCCCCCACCUAUACUCUGGAGUCUCGCUUCCCUACAGCACCACCAGCCUAUCCCCCCUAUCCUGGACCAGCAGCGGCCCCUGCAAAGCCUCAGAUGCUGAGCGCUCCCCCUCGGCCUGGGGCCGGCCAGCCCGGAGAGUUCCAGCCCACCCCGCCUGGCACCCCGAGGCACCAGCCUUCCACCCCUGACCCUUUUCUGAAGCCCCGCUGCCCCUCGCUAGACAACUUGGCGGUUCCAGAGAGCCCAGGGGUAGCUGGGGCCAAGGCUCCGGAGCAGCUGAUGUCUCCUCCGCCUUUUGGAGAGCCUCGGAAGGCCCUGGAAAUCAAGAAGGAGGAACUGGGGGCAGCUUCUCCUGGCUAUGGACCCCCCAGCCUUGGUUUUGGAGACUCGCCUUCCUCCGGGCCCCAUUUAGGCAGCCUGGAGCUCAAGGCUCCGGAUGUCUUCAAAGCCCCCCUGACCCCUCGGGCCUCUCAGGUAGAGCCGCAGAGCCCGGGCCUGGGCCUGAGGCCCCAGGAGCCUCCCUCUGCUCACGCUGUGGCCCCCUCCCCCCCGAGCCAUGCAGACCUGUAUCGCCCAGCUCCUUCGGGCUCCUAUCCUGAGCCCUAUUCACAGCCCCCGCUCACCCCCCGGCCUCAGCCUCCACCCCCCGAGAGCUGCUGCCCCCUGCCCCCCCGCUCCUUGCCCUCAGACCCUUUUGCUCGAGUACCUGCCAGCCCGCAGUCUCAGUCUAGCUCUCAGUCCCCCCUGACCCCCCGGCCGCUGUCCACUGAAGCCUUCUGCCAGUCCCCAGUGACCCCUUGCUUCCAGUCCCCCGACCCCUACUCCCGUCCUCCUUCCCGGCCCCAGUCCCGGGACCCUUUUGCCCCACUGCACAAACCGCCUCGGUCCCAGCCUCCUGAAGUGGCCUUCAAGGCCGGGCCCCUGGGCCAUACUCCGUUAGGGGUAGGGGGCUUUCCAGCAGCUCUGCCUUCUGGACAAUUGAAUGAGCCUCACGGCAAGAGCUCCGGCGGGCAGCCUCCGUCUUUUGUCCGCUCUCCCGGGGCCAGUGUGUUCGUGGGCAACCCUUCUCCCAUGCGCUUCACCUUCCCCCAGGCGGUGGGAGAGCCCUCCCUGAAGCCCCCCGCCUCCCAGCCCAGCCUCCCCCCACCCCAUGGGAUCAACAGCCAUUACGGGCCCGGACCCACCGUGGGCAAGCCCCAAAGCACAAACUACACCGCGGCGGUGGGCGCUUUCCAUCCGGGAGGCAGCCCCCUGGGGCCAGGCACCGGGCCGCCGGGCGAGGGCUACGGGAUGUCUCCGAUGCGUCCACCAUCGGUUUUACCACAGCCCGCGCCGGACGGUUCUCUCACCUACCUGCCCCACGGUGCCCCGCAGCGGGGCGGCCUCACUUCCCCGGUGGAAAAGCGAGAAGACCCGGGGCCCGGGAUGGCCGGCAGUCUGGGGGGUCCCGAGCUCCCGGGUCCCCAGGACCCCAGCAUGGCCGGUCUGAGCCAAACGGAGCUGGAGAAGCAGCGGCAGCGCCAGCGCUUGAGAGAGCUAUUGAUCCGGCAACAGAUCCAGCGGAAUUCCCUUCGGCAGGAGAAGGAAACGGCGGCCGCCACCAGCACCGUGGGCCCGGGACCCUGGGCCGCCGAGCCGGGCAACCCUGCUUUCGAGCAGCUGAAUCGGGGCCCCGUGUACUCUGGGGCGCAGGACAAAAGUGGCCUUACAGGUUUGCCCCCUAACAAACUGAGUGCUUCGGUCCUGGGGCCUGGCCCCUUCCCUGCCGAGGAGCGGCUCUCGCGGCCACCCCCGCCGCCUACCCCCUCCUCCAUCGACAUGAAUGGCCGGCAGCUGGUUGGGGGCGCGCAGGCCUUCUUUCCCCGGGGGCCCUACUCGGGGCCUCUACCCCCGCCGCAGCCGCAGACACUGUGGCAGCAGCAGCAGCAGCAGCAGCAGCAGCAGCAGGCGGCAGCCGCCGUGGCUUCCAUGCGGCUCCCCAUGCCUGCCCGCUUCCCUCAGCCCCCCGGGCCGGAGAUGGGCCGUCCGCUCCUGGGCCCUCCUCUGGGUGGGCUCCCCGCCCGACCCCCUGGCCCCGGGGAGCCGCUGCCUGGGCCGGCGGGGCCCGCACAGUUCAUCGAGCUUCGUCACAACGUGCAGAAGGGCCCGGGCCCCGGCGGCGCCCCCUACCAUCUUCAGGGGCCCCCGCAGAGACCCCGAUUCUUCCCGGUGGCCGAGGACUCCCACCGCCUGGCUCCCGAAGGUCUUCGGCCUCUGGCGGCCCCCGCCCUCCCCCCGCAGAAGCCGCCGGCUCCUCCGCCGCCCGAGCUGAGCAGCGCUCUCCACCCGCUGCCCCACGCCAAGGGCCCCGGCCUUCCUGCCGCCGGCUUGGAGCUGGUCGGCCGAUCUCCCUCGAGCGGCGAGGCGGCACGUCCGGCCCUGGUCCUGGAGCCCGGCAAGCUGCCCUGCGAGGAGCCCGAGCUGGACGACGACUUCGACGCCCACAAGGCGCUGGAGGACGACGAGGAGCUCGCCCACCUGGGGCUCGGCGUCGACGUGGCCAAGGGCGACGACGAGCUGGGCACCCUGGGCAACCUGGAGACCAACGACCCCCACCUGGACGACUUGCUCAACGGGGACGAAUUCGACCUCUUGGCCUACACCGACCCCGAGCUGGACACCGGCGACAAGAAGGACAUAUUUAACGAACACCUGCGCCUGGUAGAGUCUGCCAACGAGAAGGCUGAGCGAGAGGCGCUCCUGAGGGGCGCCGAGCCCGCUCCGCCUGGCCCCGAGGAGCCCCCGCCCCCCGCUGCGGACGCCCCCGAGCCCCCCGACGUCAAGCCGAAGCUAGAGGAGGCCAGCCACCAGGCCUCCCCCUGCCAGUUCACCGUGGCCGCUGCCAAGGCGGACACCGGGCCGCCGGGCCCCCUGGCUCUGAAGCCCGGGCAGAACCUGCUGGGGCCGCGAGACGGCAGGCUGAACAUGGGCCCCUUCCCCAGCAGCGCGCCCUCGGCCGGGCCCCCGCCCCAGCUGCUGGCCGGCCCCGGGGGAGCGUCCUUGUUGGAGAAAUUUGACCUGGAGAGCGGCACCCUGACUCUGCCUAGUGGGCCUCCGCCCCCCGGGGACGAGCUGGACAAGAUGGAGAGCUCGCUGGUGGCCAGCGAGCUGCCUCUGCUCAUUGAGGACCUGCUAGAGCACGAGAAGAAAGAGCUCCAGAAGAAGCAGCAGCUCUCUGCCCAGCUGCAGCAGCCACCCCCUCCCCCUCCCCCACCACCCCCGCCGCCCCCGCCCCCACCCCCACCCCCACCCCAACCCCCACCCCAGCCACAGCCGCAGCAGCAGCAGCACCCUCUGCUGGCCUCCUCGGGCAGCGCCCAGUCCAUGCCUCUGUCCCAAGAAGGGCCGUCCCCUGGCCUGGCUGUCACCCCGCAGCAGCUCGCCCUGGGGCUGGGGGCCCGCCAGCCGGGCCUGGUGCCUAGCCAGGCGAUGAUGGCCACCCAGCAGCCGUCCCACGCCCUGCAGCAGCGCCUGGUGCCUCCCAUGGCCAUGGUGCCCAACCAGGGCCACAUGCUCAGCGGGGGGCAGGCGAGCUUGGUGCCUCAGCAGAACCCACAGCAGGUGCUGGCCCAGAAGCCCCUGGGGGCGGUGCCACCGGCCAUGUGUAUGAAGCCGCAGCAGCUGGCCAUGCAGCAGCAGUUGGCCAACAGCUUCUUCCCCGACACAGACUUGGACAAGUUUGCUGCGGAGGAUAUCAUCGACCCCAUCGCCAAGGCCAAGAUGGUGGCCCUGAAGGGCAUCAAGAAGGUGAUGGCGCAGGGCAGCAUCGGGGUGGCCCCGGGCAUGAACAGGCAACAGGUGUCCCUGCUCGCGCAGCGGCUCUCCGGAGCUCCUGGUGGCACCGAUCUACAGAACCACGUGGCGGCCGGCAGCGGGCAGGAGCGGAGCGGCGGCGACCCCUCGCAGCCUCGGCCGAACCCGCCCGCCUUUGCCCAGGGAGUCAUCAAUGAAGCGGACCAGCGGCAGUAUGAGGAGUGGCUGUUCCACACCCAGCAGCUGCUGCAGAUGCAGCUCAAGGUGCUGGAGGAGCAGAUCGGGGUGCACCGGAAGUCCCGGAAGGCCCUGUGUGCCAAGCAGCGCACCGCUAAGAAGGCCGGCCGCGAGUUCCCGGAGGCCGACGCCGAGAAGCUCAAGCUGGUCACCGAGCAGCAGAGCAAGAUCCAGAAGCAGCUGGACCAGGUUCGGAAACAGCAGAAGGAGCAUACGAACCUCAUGGCCGAAUAUCGGAACAAGCAGCAGCAGCAGCAGCAGCAGCAGCAACAGCAGCAGCAGCAGCAGCAGCAGCAGCAGCAACAGCAGCAGCAUUCUGCCGUGCUGGCCUUGAGCCCCUCCCAGAGCCCCCGGCUGUUGGCCAAGCUCCCCAGCCAGCUGCUCCCGGGCCACGGGCUGCAGCCUCCGCAGGGCCCGCCCGGGGCGCAGGCGGGCGGCCUCCGCCUGCCCCCCGGGGGCGUGGCACUGACCGGCCAGCCCAGCGGCCCCUUCCUCAACCCGGCGCUGAGCCAGCAGCAGCCGCAGCACCCAGCGGGGCCGGGGGCCCUGGCAGGCCCCUCCGCCGGCUUCUUCCCCGGGAACCUGGCCCUGCGAGGCCUGGGGGCCGACGCGAGGCUCUUACAGGAGCGGCAGCUCCAGCUGCAGCAGCAGCGCAUGCAGCUGACUCAGAAGCUGCAGCAGCAGCAGCAGCAGCACCUCCUGGGACAGGUGGCUUUGCAGCAGCAGCAGCAGCAGGGCCUGGGACCCAAGCCACAGGGCCUCCUGCCUCCCGGCAGCCAUCAGGGCCUCCUGGUCCAGCAACUGUCUCCCCAGGGCCCCCCGGGACCCCAGGGCAUGCUGGGCCCCACCCAGGUGGCGGUGAUGCAGCAGCAGCAGCAGCAGCAGGUGCACCCCGGAGGUCUGGGGCCGCAAGGCCCCCACAGACAGGUGCUCCUGGCCCAGCCUCGAAUGUUGGGCUCCCCUCAACUGGCCCAGCAAGCACAAGGCCUGAUGGCCCACCGACUUGUCAUGGCGCAGCAGCAGCAGCAGCAGCCCCCGCCCCCUCUGGGGGGUCUCUCCCACCUCCAGCAGGGACUGAUGCCUUCUGGUGGGCAGCUGAAGCUGGGCGCCCAGCCCCUGGGGACGCAGCAGCAGCAGCAGCAGCUGGGGCUCCUGAACCAGGGUCGGACUUUAUUGCCUCCCCAGCAGCAGCAGCAGCAGCAGCAGCAGCAACAACAGCAGCAGCAGCAGCAGCAGCAAUUGCUGCCCCCAGCAGCCAGCUCUCUGCAACAACAGCAGCAGCAGCAGCAGCAGGUGGCCCUGGGGCCUGGCUUGCCUGCCAAACCCCUCCAGCACUUUCCCAGCCACGGAGCCUUGGGCCCAGCCCUCUUGCUGAGCCAGGGCUUGCCCCCAGGCGUGCCAGCCAAGGAGCAGGCAGGGGCAGAGCCGGUGCUGGUGCCCGAGGGCGCUGAAGCCUCCUCAGUCCACUUGGGAGGACCGUUGGCAUUGGGUGCCCCCCCAGAAAGCCUGCCCCCAGAGCCAGUGGAGGUGAAGCCCCCCCUCCCCGGGGAUGCCCACCUCCUCCUGCCCCAGCCCCAGCCCCAGCCCCCUCCGCAGAUGAACUCCCUGCCGUUGCAGGCCCCUCUGAGACUGCCAGGGCAGCAGCAGCAGCCGCAGCAGGCUAGCUUACUCCAUCCGGCGGGCGGUGCUGGGCACGGGCCGCUGGCUGGCGGACAGCCCCCCGAAGUGACUUCUAUGCCUCACCUGUUGGGCCAGCCCCCCGGCCCGGGAGGGGAACGAGCCCUGAAAGGGAGCCCGAGGCCACAGCUCCCUAAGCCGGGCCCCCCGCCCCACCCUGGGCAGGGUCUGCCGGGGCAUUCGGGGAUGCCCACCGUGGGACAGCUUCGGGCCCAGCUGCAGGGCGUCCUGGCCAAGAACCCACAGCUCCGGCACCUGAGUCCCCAGCAGCAGCAGCAGCUGCAGGCCCUUCUCGUGCAGAGGCAGCUACAGCAGGGCCAGGUGCUCCGGCAGGCGGUGCCCUAUGUGGAACCCGGGACUCAGCCUUCCUCCUUGCAAGGCCUCCUGGGCCGCCAGUCCCACCCUGGGGGCUUCCUGGGAGCUCCGUCGGGGCCUCUGCAGGAACUGGGGGUGGCGCCCCGGCCCCAGGGCCCCUCCCGCCUCUCUGCCCCACAGGGAGCCGUGGCAUCGGGGCCCGGCCUCGGCCUCGCACAGCCCCCUCCUCUGCCAUCCAGCCCCCAAGAGCCAAAGAGACCUUCCCCACGACUGCUGCCCCCCAGCCCUCAGCUCCCUGCCGAGGCUCAGCUCCCCCAUGCACAGACUGAGACCCCGAAGUCCCACGAAUCCUCCUUGGAAUUACCUUCGGGGGACAUGGCGCCCCCCUCCCCGGUGGCCUCCCAGCUCCCGGAGUCUUUCUUUGCCAAGGGGCCCGGCCCCUGGGAAGCCCCAGACGCCCUGGCCGAGCCCCGCAAGCCCGAGCAGAACAACCCGGGGCCUGGAGAGAUGGAGCGGGUGAACGGGCAGGAGGGGCCCGAGCCGGCCCGACUCAUGAUCAAGCAAGAGCCCCGAGAGGAGCCGUGUGCCCUGGGCGCCCAGAUGGUGAAGCGAGAGGCCAAUGGAGAGCCCGCGGGCGCCGCCGGGACCAGCAACCACCUCCUGCUGGCGGGCGGCCGUUCGGAGGCCGGGCACCUGCUCCUGCAGAAGCUGCUGCGGGCAAAGAACGUACAGCUGGGCGCGGGCCCCGGCCCCGAGGGUCUGCGGGCCGAGAUCAAUGGGCACAUCAACAGCAAGCUGGCCGGCUUGGAGCAGAAGCUUCAGGGCGCUCCUGUCUGCAAGGAGGAUGCUGCAGCCAAGAAGCCGCUGACUCCCAAGCCCAAGAGGGUGCAGAAGGCGGGCGACAGGGUAGCCAGCUCCCGAAAGAAGCUCCGCAAGGAGGACGGGGUGAAGGCCAACGAGGCCCUGCUGAAGCAGCUGAAGCAGGAGCUGUCCCUGCUGCCCCUCACUGAGCCCAGCAUCACUAACAACUUCAGCCUUUUUGCACCCUUUGGCAGUGGCUGCCUCAUCAAUGGGCGGAGCCAGCUGAGAGGGGCUUUUGGGAGCGGGGCGCUGCCUACUGGCCCUGACUACUAUUCGCAGCUUCUUACCAAGAAUAACCUGAGUAACCCACCGACGCCACCGUCCUCCCUGCCACCCACCCCGCCACCAUCAGUGCAGCAGAAGCUGGUGAAUGGGGUCACUCCUUCCGAGGACCUGGGGGAACAGCCUAAAGAUGGCGCCCCGGCUCGAGAGCCUGACGGGGGGCCCCGCGAUGCCCCCGAAGUGAAGAGCUUGGAUCUGCUGGCGGCACUUCCCACGCCCCCCCACAACCAGACCGAGGAUGUCAGGAUGGAGAGCGACGAGGAGAGCGACUCCCCGGACAGCAUUGUCCCGGCCUCUUCGCCCGAGAGCAUCCUGGGGGAGGAGGCGCCUCGGUUUCCCCAGCUGGUGUCGAGCCAGCAGGAGCAGGACGACAGGGCCCUGUCCCCAGUCAUCCCCAUCAUCCCACGGGCCAGCAUCCCAGCUGGGCCUUCGGGGUCUCCCUCGUCCUCUUCAGUCUUCCCAGAUCCCAAGCCCUUCGGGGCUCUGGAGCUCGAGCCAGCGGGAAAGCUGUCCAGCACCGCCUGGGAGAAGGGCAAAGGGAGCGAGGUGUCCGUCAUGCUGACGGUCUCUGCCGCCGCUGCCAAGAAUCUGAACGGCGUCAUGGUGGCUGUGGCCGAGCUGCUGAGCAUGAAGAUUCCCAGUUCCUACGAGGUGCUGUUCCCAGAGAGCCCUGCCCGGGCCGCGGGCACCGAGCCCAAGAAGGGGGACGCGGAGGGGCCCGGUGGGAAAGAGAAGAGCCUCGGGGGAAAGGCCGCAGAGGGGGGCAGUGACUGGCUGAAACAGUUGGACGCUGUGCUGCCCGGCUACACCCUCAAGAGCCAGCUGGACAUCCUGAGCCUCCUCAAGCAGGAAAGCCCUGCCCCGGAGCCGCCUGCCCAACACUGCUAUACCCACAACGUCUCCAACCUGGAUGUCCGGCAGCUCUCGGCCCCACCCCCCGAGGAGCCCUCUCCGCCCCCUUCGCCCUCGGCUCCCUCCCCCGCCAGCCCCCCGGCGGAGCCCCCGGCUCCGUCCCCCCCGCCGCCGGUCCCCUCGCCUCCGAUGCCUGAAGCGGCCCGGCCCAAGCCUCGAGCCCGGCCCCCCGAGGAGGGCGAGGACGCCCGGCCGCCCCGGCUCAAGAAGUGGAAGGGGCUUCGAUGGAAACGGUUACGGCUGCUGCUGACCAUCCAAAAGGGUGGCGGACGACGGGAGGGCGAGCGGGAGGUGGCCGAGUUCAUGGAACAGCUGGGCACGGCCCUCCGGCCCGACAAGGUGCCCCGGGACCUCCGGCGCUGCUGCUUCUGCCACGAGGAGGGCGACGGGGCCACCGACGGACCCGCGCGGCUCCUCAACCUGGACCUGGACCUGUGGGUCCACCUCAACUGCGCCCUGUGGUCCACGGAGGUGUACGAGACGCAGGGCGGCGCGCUGAUGAACGUCGAGGGCGCCCUGCACCGGGGGCUCCUCACCAAGUGCUCGCUGUGCCAGCGCACGGGCGCCACCAACAGCUGCAACCGGCUGCGCUGCCCCAGCGUCUACCACUUCGCCUGCGCCAUCCGGGCCAAGUGCAUGUUCUUCAAGGACAAGACGAUGCUGUGCCCCCUGCACAAGCUGAAGGGGCCCUGCGAGCAGGAGCUGAGCUCCUUCGCCGUCUUCCGGCGCGUCUACAUCGAGCGCGACGAGGUGAAGCAGAUCGCGAGCAUCAUCCAGCGGGGCGAGCGGCUGCACAUGUUCCGGGUGGGGGGGCUGGUGUUCCACGCCAUCGGGCAGCUGCUGCCCCACCAGAUGGCCGACUUCCACAGCGCCACGGCCCUCUACCCCGUCGGCUACGAGGCCACGCGCAUCUACUGGAGCUUGCGCACCAACAACCGGCGCUGCUGCUACCGCUGCUCCAUCGUCGAGAACAACGGGCGGCCCGAGUUCAUCGUCAAGGUCGUGGAGCAGGGCCUGGAGGACCUGGUGUUCAGCGACGCGUCCCCCCAGGCCGUGUGGAACCGGAUCAUCGAGCCGGUGGCCGCCAUGCGCAAGGAGGCCGACAUGCUUCGCUUGUUCCCGGAGUACCUGAAGGGCGAGGAGCUCUUCGGCCUGACGGUGCACGCCGUGCUGCGCAUCGCGGAGUCGCUGCCCGGGGUGGAAAGCUGUCACAACUACCUGUUCCGCUACGGCCGGCACCCGCUCAUGGAACUGCCGCUUAUGAUCAACCCCACCGGCUGUGCCCGCUCUGAGCCCAAAAUCCUCACCCACUACAAACGCGCUUUCACAUCCAUUAUCUCAUUUGAUCCUCACAACAACCUUAUGAGGCCUCACACCCUCAACAGCACCAGCAUGUCCAAGGCCUACCAGAGCACCUUCACGGGAGAGACCAACACCCCGUACAGCAAGCAGUUCGUGCACUCCAAGUCGUCCCAGUACCGGCGGCUGCGCACCGAGUGGAAGAACAACGUGUACCUGGCGCGCUCGCGCAUCCAGGGCCUGGGGCUGUACGCCGCCAAGGACCUGGAGAAGCACACCAUGGUCAUCGAGUACAUCGGCACCAUCAUCCGCAACGAGGUGGCCAACCGCCGAGAGAAGAUCUACGAGGAGCAGAACCGAGGCAUCUACAUGUUCCGCAUCAACAACGAGCACGUGAUCGAUGCCACGCUGACCGGAGGGCCCGCCCGGUACAUUAACCAUUCGUGUGCCCCCAACUGUGUGGCAGAGGUGGUGACCUUUGAUAAGGAGGAUAAGAUCAUCAUCAUCUCCAGCCGGCGCAUCCCCAAAGGAGAGGAGCUGACCUAUGACUAUCAGUUUGACUUUGAGGAUGAUCAGCACAAGAUCCCCUGUCACUGUGGAGCCUGGAACUGCCGGAAGUGGAUGAACUAAGCUCAGAGGCCGCUGGGCAGGGGAAAACCCUCCAAAGCCCUUCCCAGAAGGGUCGAAGGGGAAGAGAGCCAGGACCCAGAGCUGGGGCUGCUGGCUGAUCCGAGCCCCAGGAGCAGGCUGGGGCCCAGGGCCCCGGGGCACGUGCCCACCCUGGGCACAGGGAUGUCUUCCCUCCCCCACCACAGGCCCCAGGCUGGCCUAUCUGCCCCCAGCCCCAGGAGCCGACAGACAGAAACAGCCAUUGGGCAUCUCAGGUUUGGGGGGUGGGGGGUCGGGUAGAUAGGGGCUGGGGAUGACCCGGCACCGUCCGGGAGGCAGCGGAGAUGGUGAGAAGGGUGGCGGCUUGGGUCUCCCAGCCCCAGUGCUCCCACUGACUUCCCCAGCCCAACUCAAGGCUGCAAAGAGACUUGAUUAAGCUUGACAAUCCCAAAGGCUGGGUCCCCACACCUGGCCCUGCCCGCUGGGUCCUGUCCCCACUUCCUGAUCCCCUCCUUCCCUUUCUCUGUCCCCCUCUUCUCCUUUGUGUCUCUCUGUCCCUUUUUCCAUCUCUCUCUUUCUGGGUUGUGUUUCCUUGUUUUCUCUCUGACAAAUGCAACACGAACGGGAAAGAGGCACCCAGCUGCCCGGGUGGGGCGGGCAAGGCAGGCGAGCCGGGCAAGGAGACCCUGCACCCACACCUACCUCAUUUAAGUGUUGGAUUUUUUGCUGUUUUGAAAUGUGAGACCCUCUCCCCAGCCCUCUAACCCCUCAACCCCCUGUCUGAAUUGGGGGUAGAAGGGAGGGGAGGGAAAAAAGGAAAAUAUUUAGAAAAAAAAAUCUGUUUUUAACUGUGGGCAUGGGGUAGUGACUAGGGCUGAUGGGAAGUGAUGGGAGAGAGGGUGACCCCAUGAUCCCCUCAGAGGCUGGGCAUCUCUCCCCAUCUGAACAAGUUGGGAGGGGGAGGUGUUGGGGUUGUGUUUCAGAACCAGGGUGUCCUCUUAUACUCCCAACCCCAUCAUGAGCCCGGUGCCCCCCUCAGCCUCUCCCUGGAAUUGGAGGGGAAAGAGGUUCUCUGAGUUGUGUACCCAUUCCCUGUGGGGCAGAUUGGGGCCCAGAGCUCCCCACUUUCCCAGCCACCAAACUGCUGCUGGUCUGGUGGGAAAGGGAGGUGUUGGGGGUAGGGGAGCUUAGUGUCAUCGUGGGGAGGGUGGGGGGGUAUUUAUCUAUUUAUAAGCCGGAUUGUAUAUAGUCAUGUGGGGCAUGGGGGGGCCAGCAGGAGGUGAGAACCCUCCCCUCUCCCCCCCACCCCCUGGGGAGAGCAAAUGUAAAACUACUAAUUUUUGUGCUUUAUAUAUUCUAUAUAAAUAUAUCUAUUUUCUUUUUACAAAACCAGUUUAUAAAUGGUAGGGGGCGAGGGGAGGGACACCCGGAGCUCCCCUUGUGGGGGGGCUGCCCUCCAUUAUCCCAAACCUGCCACAGGGCUCCUCACCCUCGGCCCCUCACUCCCCUGGCUGACUGCUGUAAAGGGAAGGGGAGGGGACAGGGGCUGGGCUCAGUUUCCCCACUCCCACCCAGUUGUACAGUUGGACUUUUAUAACGCACAAAAGUGAGCUGGCCCCUAGGGGAGCCAGAGGGUGCCGGGUCCUCCCCCUCCUUUCUCUCCUAUUUCCCCCCAUCCCCCCAAACUUGUGCUGCAGUUGAUUAAACUUCUUCCUGAAGUGGGGGGGGGGGGGAAGAGGGGGCACGGAACUAACCCCUAGGCCCCUCUCUGGUAGGGAGCCAUAAGUUUGAAGAUGAAGUUUUUAUUCAGUUCUCUCUUCUAGGGGCUGUGGGCAAAGGGCAUUUUGUAAUUAUUUUAAAGAAUCAGAAAUUUGGAGCAUGAGGAUGAAGGUGAUGCCAGUGGAGAGGGCUGGAGCAGGGAGCCUAGUCGCUGUUGUGUUUUUAGGUUUAUUCCCCCCACCCUUUUUAAGUUUUUGUUUUGUGUUUUAACUUGGGACAGAAAGAGGUGACAGUGGGAUGGGGGGAGGCUUAAGUUCUUUAGGGAAAAAAGAAAAAAGCUGCUUCCUCAACUGUUAAAGCUGCAAAGGUUUAAAAGAUCCCCCUUCCACAAAGCCCUCCCUGUCCUUCCACACCACCCCUCCCACAAAAGAGAAGCUGCUGUAAAUAGACCAGGCAGCGCCAGAACCUGGGCUUCUCGGCCACCAUACCCCUUCCCAGCCCUCAUUCCCCCUCCUCCCCAAACCACUGGACCCCUUCCUUCCCUCUUCCUAGGAGCUCCAGGCCCGGGCUGCAGGGAGUGGGGAGCAGCGUCGGGGCCGGGCCGGGGUUGGGGCAGACUUUGUAAGCAUAUGCUAGGUAUCUGAUAGUCCUUGUAGAUCAUAGUGAAGAAACCUUAUACCGUUUUUCAUUUUUAUAUAAACUAUAGCUCAGACCCAAGCUGCCAGGUUGGACUUUUGGUUUUUGGUUUGGUUUGGAGUUCCCCGCCUGUACAAUUGCAUCGGAAGCGCCCCCGCCGCCCCCGUGUCCGCCUUGUGGGUUGGUGCCCAGUGGCGCAGAGUCCGUUUCCGUCCCCAUUGCCGGUGCCCCCCGCGGCGUCCCUCCCGUGAAGCCUCUGCUUUGUGUUGUGUUUGCUGUACAGCCAGGCCCGCCCUCCGGAGCCGCGGAGGAGGCGCGCCCCUGUCCGUGGCAUGUUUUGUAGCGGCGACCCCUCGAACUGUACAUAAUUUAUGUUGUGAGAGGCAAAGGGCAAGUUUGGGAUUUUGCUUCUUCCAAGUUUGUUUUUAAAGGACAAAUAAAAAGAAAAGCAUUUUAAAUA